UUUUGAUGUUUUCACACAAUGUAAUAUACAAAGGACUGGUCUUAUCAAUCGGGUUUUCCUCGGAUCCCUCAUCCUUGUUGACGCCAGCUGGAGAGCAUGCGAACUUCUUAAGAUACUCCCAUUGGGGGGAGGAAAAAUUUCAGUAUGACAAGGGGGAAAACCCGCCUUCAGUAUCAAACAAAACCUUUGAUCCUUUUGAAUUUGAUUACCUGGUAGCGGGAGGAUACCGUCCUAUUUCAAAUAACUUGGUGAAGUACGUUGUGUCACUGCGUAUUUAUGACUCUCCGCAAUGGUUUGGAGCUUAUCAUUAUUGUGGAGGAUCCAUUAUUCAUAAGAAAUUUAUUGUCACAGCUGCCCACUGCCUAUUCGACACGAAAAGAAAGUUGCUUGUUGCGGAGGAUAUAUCCGUGGUGGCAGGCACUCCUAAUAGACUUCAGAAAAUCAACACCAGUCAGGUUAUCAAGGCAAUGGAGCUUAUGCCUCAUCCCAACUACAAACAUUUCCAGAGUAUCAAUUAUGAUAUUGGAUUGGUGCUCCUUAGCAAGGACCUUACCCUGGGUUCAUCUGUUGCCGUGAUCUUUUUGCCCAACAUGCCACCGGCCAUAAAUAUGAAAUGUACUGCUGUGGGUUGGGGUAGAGUUGUUCUGGUUAGUUUCGCCUCUGGCUUGUUUUUAUUAUUGCAGAAGGUCAGAUAUGACAAGGGGGAAAACCCGCCUUCAGUAUCAAACAAAACCUUUGAUCCUUUUGAAUUUGAUUACCUGGUAACGGGAGGAUACCGUCCUAUUUCAAAUAACUUGGUGAAGUACGUUGUGUCACUGCGUAUUUAUGACUCUCCGCAAUGGUUUGGAGCUUAUCAUUAUUGUGGAGGAUCCAUUAUUCAUAAGAAAUUUAUUGUCACAGCUGCCCACUGCCUAUUCGACACGAAAAGAAAGUUGCUUGUUGCGGAGGAUAUAUCCGUGGUGGCAGGCACUCCUAAUAGACUUCAGAAAAUCAACACCAGUCAGGUUAUCAAGGCAAUGGAGCUUAUGCCUCAUCCCAACUACAAACAUUUCCAGAGUAUCAAUUAUGAUAUUGGAUUGGUGCUCCUUAGCAAGGACCUUACCCUGGGUUCAUCUGUUGCCGUGAUCUUUUUGCCCAACAUGCCACCGGCCAUAAAUAUGAAAUGUACUGCUGUGGGUUGGGGUAGAGUUGUUCUGUAUGGACCAUUACCAGCAGAGGUUCUUAAUAUUGAUUUAAAAAUUCGGCCAAAGUCAUUUUGCGAAAACUACUCUAUAUGGGCUCCAGUAUCUAUGAUCUGUGCGGGAGAUCCAAAAUUCUUCGAAGUGAGCACUUGCAAGGGGGAUUCUGGAGGCCCAUUAAUUUGUAACAAUAAAUUGUAUGGCAUUAUCUCCUUUGGAUUUGGGUGUGGCUCCCCUGGUUACAAUGGCGUCUGCACCGAUGUAUUUUUCUAUCAGGAGUGGCUAGAGCCUAGCACACGUGGCCUACGGCCUGAUAGAAAUUCCGAGGAUGAUUCUUUAUUUUUCCAUAAUUCCGUAGACUCCAAGACAAUGUCAGUUCAUUACUAUUUAUUCUUCUUUUGCACUAUAUGUACGUUGUUUUUACAGUGUAGUUAAAUUUAUUCACAUUUCAAAAAUUGUAUUUUGUUUUAGCAAGU